AUGACUACAAUUGAAGUUAAAUCACGUUCAAGGAGCAUCAAGUCAUAUUCUUCCAAUGAAUUGACUCCAGAUUCAAAUGUUCAAGAAUUGAUCAAUGAAUUGAGUAAUGAUAACAAAAUCUCCGAACAUAGACUUAGAUUGACCAAAUUAGAAAAUGGUAAGCAAGUAGCUUUGAUUACACAUAAAACUUUUGUUGAUAAUGGAAUUCCUGAAUCUGCUGAAAAAAUUGAACUAUUUGUUAAAGAUUUGGGUCCUCAAAUUUCAUGGAGAACUGUUUUCUUGGUUGAAUAUUUUGGUCCAUUUAUUUUCCAUCCAUUGUUUUAUUAUGUUCAAUCUAUUUAUAACGUUUCAAAUUUCCCUCAUACUGAUACUCAAAAGUUGGCCUUUGCCAUGGUUCUUUUGCAUUUUUUGAAACGUGAACUCGAAACUAUUUAUGUUCACAAGUUUUCUAAUGCUACCAUGCCAGCAUUUAACAUUUUCAAGAAUUCUGGACAUUAUUGGAUUUUAUCUGGUUUUAAUUUGGCUUAUUUUGUUUAUGCACCAGCUAAGAAACUGGGAUUGUUGAAAUUUUUCUUCCAUGUUAAUCAAUUGCCAACCAGUUUUAAUAACUUACUUUUUGCCUUGUGGGUAUUUGCUGAAUUAUCCAAUUUGGUUACUCACCUUAAUUUGAGUGGUUUGAGAAAAGAAGAUACUAAAAAAUAUGUUAUUCCUUUCGGUUACGGUUUUGAUUGGGUUUCUUGUCCAAACUAUUUCUUUGAAUCCUUAUCUUGGUUUGCGUAUGCUUUGUUAGUUGGUAAUUGGUCAGCUUGGAUUUUCUUCUUUGUCAGUUCUGGUCAAAUGUGGCUUUGGGCUGUUAAGAAACACAAGAGAUAUUUGAAAACUUUUGGUGACGAUUACAAAAAAUUGAAGAGAAAGGUAUUUAUUCCAUUUGUUAUUUAG